AUGCCCUGGCACGUGCAAGGAGACGACCCCACCACUCCUCAGGUGGAGGCACCGGUGCCAGUCACGCUUGCAGCACUCUUUUACAACGCCGGCCACGGCACAGCUGCUGCUGUCGCCACACAGUCACUGCUGCCCACCGCUGGCACCACCACCACCAUUGCUGCCGGCACCAUCACCACUGGUGGGACUAUUCUUGCUGACGUGGGCGCUACAACCACAAGUAACGGCGGGACCACAACGGGUGACACGAGCAGCGCCGCCAUGAGCUUCAGCAUCACCAGCACUGUGCUGGGCACUGAGCCGCAGCCAGCAUCAUUCUCCGUGAAGGUGGGAAGCAUCCCUCCUGCCGCUACAGCUAUGGUGCGCUGGACCAUAGAGGCCAGCCUUACAGGCACAUUCGAUACAGUCACCACCACCAACACCACCACCACCACCUCCUCCUCCCCUCUCACCGGCCUCUCCCCCAUUCUCGAGUCGGGUGACAUUCACAACCUCGUGCAUGACGUCUACCUGCCCGACGCUGCUUCAGGUAAACUCCCUCCCUCAGGUAAACCCUCCGCCUCAGAUGUCGGCUUGCCGGAUUUCCCGGUGGAUGACGAUGGCGAAGAGCAGGGCCAGCCGGAGGCCAUCCACUCCACAGCAGCGCUGGUAACCAAUGACAUUCCCCCACCCAUCCCCUAUCUACCUCCAGAUGAUGGAGAGGGCCAGCCGGAGGCAAUCUACAGCAGUGCUGACGACGGCUUGCCGGAUUUCCUGGUGGACGAUGACGGGGACGAGCAGCCGGAGGCCAUCUACAGCAGCGCUGGUAACCGCGUGCUGCCCGUAACCGCCGUGCCUUCCGCUGCUCUCACGCCUGGCCGCCCGCUCUUCACUAGCGAGACCCGCGCCAAGCUCACUGUGGCUGUGAACUGCAUUUCUCUCACGCUCGGCCGCCCGCUCUUCACUAGCGAAACCCGCGCCAAGCUCUCUGUUGCUGUGAACUGGUCUGCCCUCCCUCUACCGGCAGCAACACCAGCCGCAGCGGCAGCAGGGGGGUGGGCGCACAUGUCCUUUGCAUCGCAGCUGCCGUCGCACUGCUGGAAUCUCACCGCUGCUCUCCGAUCCAACGGCACUCAGCUGCCCGUGCCCUUCAACGCCUGGUCCUCCUUCUCCUCCUCCCCCGCUGCUCCCACUAGCACCGCUGCUGCCCCUCCCCCUGCCACUUCAACCACCACUGCCCCUGCUUCUUCCCCACCUGCCACUUCCCCUCCUGCUUUGCCUGCUGCUGACACCACUCACAUUCUCGAUUUUGUCUCCUCCCCCUCUUACACUCUCUUCUUCUCCUACUAUGAUCAGACCCUCUCCUUCCCCCACCUCUCCCCUUGUCUCCAGGCUGUCAUGCCUCCCCCUCCCUCCCCCCCCAACCCUCCCCCUUCCCCUCCCCCUCGCCCACCCCCCCGCCCCCCUCCAAACCCCCCAAGGCCUCCCCCGAACCCCUCUCCUCCCCCCCGCCCCCCCCCAAGCCCCCCCAGGCCCCCAUCUCCCCCCUCACGACCUCCGCCGAAUCCCCCCAAGCCUCUCCCUCCGCCUUCCCCUCCCCCACGCCCUCCCCCUCGCCCUCCUUCCCCCCCUCCCAAGACUUCAACCAGUGGUAAGCCCCCUCCCUCCCCUCCCCCUAAGCCUCCGCCCUCCCCUCCCCUUAGGCCUCUGCCCUCCCCUCCCCCUAAGCCUCCACCCUCCCCUCCCCCUAGACCACCCCCAAGCCCCCCACCACUGAAAUCACUCACAAGUUCUCCCCCACCAAGACCCCCUCCCUCCCCUCCCCCCAAACCUCCUCCCUCUCCUCCCCCCAAACCUCCUCCAUCUCCUCCUCCCAAACCACCUCCCAUACCUCUGAAACCCCCUCCCAGCCCACCUCCUAGAAAGCCCAGCCCCCCACCACCGAAACCACCCCCUCCCAGGCCCCCACCACCCAAACGCAAGUACCCACCUCCUCCCAGGAAGCGAUGGGGCUUUCUCUUCCCCCAGUGGGCCUGA